AAAAAAAGAUUUGAUGAUUUAAUCUGUUUUGCUAGAUUCAUUCCCCAUUUAGGAUUGAUUAUCUUGGUAAAACUUUCUAUUUGCAUUAUUUUGGAUAUAAAAUGAAACUUUGGGUUUAAAACUUCACUGUUUUGUUCAGUGCAUAUAGUCAGUAUUCACUUGUCUGUCUCCUCGUUCAACAAAUGUUAUUUGUCUGAGACGAGCGCAGUGGCAGCGACACGCUCAAAUGAGCACAGUCAGUGGAAAAAAGACCCUGACAUCCUACCUCCAUUCACGAAGAUCACUAUAUAAACCCCGUUUUCUGUGCGUUUUGUAUUUUUUGGGGGUGCGAGACCGGUGGGAACAUAUUUAUUCAUUUUAAGGGCAUGAUGUUACUUCUGAUGCUGAUGCUGUCCGUGGUUUUAUUGGCACACAGUGACGAUGAUUUCUGUUAUGAUGAGGAGCACUGUGAUCCAUAUGCAUGGGGAGACAACUACCCCUCUUGCCACCCUCUUCUGGACAGCCAUCACUCUCCGAUCAACCUGGACCAUCAGCUGAUGAAGAACGAUUCUUUAGACUCUCUGAAUCUGGAGGGUUUUAAUUUGACCCAUAAAGGCCAGUGGUGGCUGACAAACCAGGGUCACUCUGUUGUGCUGGAGGUCGGUAAUGGUAUGCAGGUGAGUGGCGGAGGGCUUCCUGGAACUUACCGCACAAUCCAGCUGCAUUUCCAUUGGGGAAGUGUCUCUUCAAAUGGAUCAGAACACACUCUGGACCACCUGAGGUUUCCUAUGGAGAUGCACAUAGUCAACAUCAAAUCCACACAUCCAAACUUGACCUCUGCACUUGAAGACCCAACUGGCAUUGCUGUGCUUGGAAUCUUUGUUGAUGUGACAUAUUUGCAUAAUGAAAACUUCCAGUCCAUCUCAAGUGCACUUCCUUCUGUUGCCUACAAAGGACAAACAAAAUCGAUAAGACCAUUUCCUUUGGUGAAUCUGUUACCUCAGAACAACCUAACACAGUAUUACCGUUAUCAUGGCAGUCUCACAACGCCGCCCUGUUCACAGGUGGUGUUGUGGACCGUGUAUGAAGUGCCUGUCUAUAUCUCAUGGACUCAGUUUGAGCAGUUUGUAAGCGGGAUAUAUUCCACGGAGGAAGAAGCUGAUAACCAUGUUCUCCUGCAUGACAACUACAGGCACAUCCACCCAACCUAUGGUCGGUCCGUAUACGCUUCCAAAGACGCCAAGCUGCUCACCAAUGGAGUUUCUUCUCUUGCCCUUCUCAAUCUUUUAAAUGUUCUUUUACUUUUGAUUUUUAAACAUUUAGCAUUUUGCAUAUAGCAGAACGGCAGCAUUAAAGUACUUGGACUAUUCAUGACACUUAAAAAACUGUGGGAAAAGCAGCUGGGAAAGCCAUUAUCCGGUCUAAAGGCCUGUUCACACCAAGAACGAUAACUAAAAAGAAUGCAUGAUAACUGAGCUGCAGUUUUGUUUUUGUUUUUUUGUUUUUUUGCCUGCCCGCUUUUGCUCUUUUUAUUGUUCAUCAGCUGGAAAAAAAACGUUCUGAAAGUGAUUCUAAUAUCGUUUCUCUGUUGUCAUCGUUAUAGCCAGUGUUGGGGAUAACACAAAGUAACGCGAGUUACGUAAUCGGAUGACUUUUUUCAAGUAACGCAUUACUUUUAAAAGUACAACAAAAUAUGAGUAACUUUUUUAAAUAAGUAAUGGAAGUUACUUUUUUUUUUUUUUUCAUUUAUUGACAGACAGCUCUCCUGUCCCCAUGUUCAGAGAAAUCGUGAGUUAGUGCAGAGGUGUUGUGUGCACUGUGUAAACAAGAUGGUUAUUGUAGUUCUAGACUACAAUAAUGGUUUCCCAAACACUGGUUAUAUCUGUGGUGUGGACUUCUCUAUUCUCAUAGACUUAUAAAAACUUUAUAGUUGUUGUCCUUGGUGUGAAUGGGCCUUAAAUGUACUUCUAUUCCUCAUAAUUCAUCAAGUACGAUUGUGUGAAUUAUGUCUGCAUAGAAACAAACUGUAGUUGCAUAAGUUAUAUCACACAUCUACAACAGCCCCAUUGAGUUUUCCAACCAAACUGCUAUAGGACGAGUGAUUAUCUUUGGCCAGCAUUCCCAUGUACGUAUUUCCCCGCAUACGUAUUUCAUUCUUACUGAACUUGAUCACUCAAAGCCUUUUCCUUGGAAGAAUUUCCCCAUUCAUACAUAAAGGGCACUUCGCGGGAUUUCAAAUGAUACCUUACAGUAGAAAGAUAAAGUUUCAGUAUUCAGUUCACUGCAUAGGCUUCACAUUCACUAGCUUUAAGUGGAGAUGGAUGCAUAAAUGUAUGUACACCACACUUGAUAAACCAAUGAUGUUAUCAUUCUGUGAAAAUACAAACUUACCUCAGGAGGCAAACUAUUUGAUGUAUACAAUAGUAGAGCUAGCAAUAGUUUGACUCAAGUGCAGUGUUCUUUUACAAAUAAUAAAGUGUUGAAAUAAAAAUGACUGUGUUUUGUCUAUUUUGACUGGCUCUCACACACAAGCGUGUUGUUGUAGUGGUCAUACCCUUCUCGUUCCUGUUACUGACACUGGGGGCACUGCUCACUCACACAAAGAGCCCUUGUUUCUGUCCCUUUCGAGGUUACUAGGUUUGCUAAUCUGGCCAGAGAGGUCACUCCCUGGCAUUCACUGACAGUACAAAACAGUCACUAUUUCAGUCUGAAGAUGUGAAGUGGACCUCAUCAACGAUUACUAGCCUAUACAUUUUUGUACUUGAAAAUGGUAAUAACACUAGAAAUUGUAAUAGCGUUAGGCCUAACUAUCGGUAUAUUAACUCUCCCAACCAUUGACGGAAUAUUCAGGUGUUGUGCCGAAUUCUGACCCCCGCAAAAUUAUUACCCCACAAGUAUUGGUAGGUUUAGGAUUAGGGGUGGGGUUAGGAUUUGGCAAUCAGGUAGCAACUUCAACGAGGGGGGGG